CCCAAAUGCCACCAUUAUGAUCCUCCAUGUCUUACGAAUUUAAACCUCCCUUGCCUUUUAUUCCAACCGUGUGAACCAGCUACCAGGUUAAUGGAUCUGCUAACAUGGUAUUUGAUGCGCAGCGACAACUCUUUGCGCGCAGUGAGCGUGUCAAGGGCAUCGACUGCCACCCUCAAGAGCCAUGGAUUUUAACCACCUUAUACAGCGGCCACGUUUACAUCUGGUCGUACGAAACACAACAGAUCGUUAAAACCUUCGAGCUUACCGAUGUCCCUGUUCGAGCUGGUCGAUUCGUCGCGAGGAAGAACUGGAUUGUUUGCGGCUCCGACGAUUUCCAACUAAGAGUAUAUAACUACAACACAUCCGAAAAGAUUACCUCCUUCGAGGCGCAUCCCGACUAUAUACGUGCUAUCGCGAUUCACCCCACACAGCCUUUUGUCCUGACCGCCUCUGAUGACAUGACCAUAAAGUUAUGGGAUUGGGAGAAGGGAUGGAAGUGUGUACAGGUCUUCGAAGGCCAUAGCCACUACGUAAUGGGAUUGGCUAUCAAUCCCAAAGAUACCAACACUUUUGCUUCAGCCUGUUUAGACAGGACUGUCAAGAUAUGGAGCCUCGGCUCCUCUACCGCCAACUUCACACUCGAGGCGCACGAGACCAAGGGCGUUAACCACGUCGAUUAUUACCCGCAUUCCGACAAGCCGUAUCUCCUCACAACCUCUGACGACAGAACCGUUAAGGUUUGGGAUUACACCACCAAGAGUCUUAUUGCGAGCUUAGAAGGGCAUACCAACAAUGUGUCGUUUGCCUGUUAUCACCCGGAGCUACCUGUCAUUAUCUCUGGUUCCGAAGAUGGUACUAUCAGGAUAUGGCACGCAAAUACCUACCGCUUUGAACAGUCCCUCAACUACGGCCUCGAGCGCGCGUGGUGUAUUUCUUACCAGCGUGGUAAGCAGGGUGUGGCUGUCGGAUUCGAUGACGGCGCGGUAGUUGUAAAACUGGGCCGAGAGGAGCCUGCUGUGUCUAUGGACAGCUCCGGUAAAUUGAUCUGGGCUCGUCAUAAUGAAGUAGUCUCGUCUAUCAUCAAGGGCGGCGACGCUUCGAUUAAGGACAACGAACCGAUUACGCUUCCUACAAAGGAGUUAGGUACAUGCGAAGUAUAUCCCCAAACACUUAUUCACUCCCCCAAUGGCCGUUUCGUUGCGGUUUGCGGUGAUGGUGAGUAUAUUAUUUAUACAGCUUUGGCUUGGCGUAACAAGGCCUUCGGAUCUGCCCUGGAUUUUGUGUGGGCAUCCAAGGAUAACAGUAACGACUUCGCUAUCCGUGAGUCGGCAACGAGUGUCAAGGUCUACAAGAACUUCGUUGAGAAGACUGGUGGUUUGGAUAUCCCUUUCCAAGCUGAUGGUUUAACGGGUGGCGUUUUGUUGGGAGUGAAGGGCCAAGGAGGCGUCUCUUUCUACGACUGGGCCACGGGCGGUUUGGUCAGGCGAAUUGAAGUUGAACCGAAAGAAGUCUAUUGGUCAGAUAGCGGCGAGCUUGUUACCCUGGCCUGCGAAGACACCUUUUAUGUUUUGAGAUUCUCCCGAGAAAGCUAUAUCGAAGCUGCUCAAGCCGGCCAAGUAGACGAAGAUGGAGUUGAGGCCGCUUUUGAGGUUAUAACAGAUAUUUCUGAGAGUGUACGAACAGGUCAAUGGGUUGGAGAUUGCUUCAUCUACACAAACAGCACAAACCGACUAAACUACCUGGUUGGCGACCAAAUAUACACCAUCUCACACUUCGACCAGCCGAUGUAUACUCUUGGCUAUAUCCAAAGAGACUCCAGAAUAUAUCUGGCCGAUAAAGAUGUGAACGUAACAAGCUUUGCUCUAUCUCUCCCCGUAUUAGAGUACCAGACGCUAGUACUCCGUGGUGACAUGGAGACGGCCGCCGAACUUCUCCCCACUAUCCCUACAGACCAGCUCAACAAGAUCGCCAGGUUCCUCGAAGGACAGGGCCAUAAAGAACUGGCGCUAGAAGUAGCCACUGACCCCGAGCACAAGUUUGAUUUGUCAUUGGCCCUAAACCAGCUUGACAUUGCUCUGGAUCUUGCGCGACAAGCAGAUAAUGACCACAAGUGGAAGACGGUAGGCGAUGCAGCCCUUGCAGGAUGGGAUGUCCCGCUUGCAGCUGAGUGUUUCACUCAUGCGAAAGAUUUGGGCUCUUUACUCCUGAUUUAUUCAAGCACAUCCGACCAAGCCGGCUUAAAAGCACUUGCGACGCAAGCAGAGGAGUCUAGCGCCCACAACGUUGCGUUCACAUGCAAGUGGUUAUUAGGUGAUACUGCAGGUUGCGUUGAGGUUCUCACCAAGACAAACAGGCUAGCCGAAGCUGUCCUAUUCUCACAGACAUAUAAGCCGAGCUUGACGGUCGACACUGUCAAGGCUUGGAAGGAAAGUUUGGAGAAGAACAAAAAGGGUAGGGUGGCAAAGGUAAUUGCUGUCCCGACGGAAGACGAAGAGCUUUUCCCGGAGUGGGAAGAGUGGCUACGGUUGGAAAGCGAAGGAGGUGUUGCCACCGGAGAGGAAAACGGCGAGGCCGAAGAGGCUCAAGCAGAAGAAGCCGAAGCAGAGGAAGCGGAAAGCGAAGCUGAGUCUGAAGAGUAACCCAGGUUUCAUA